GUGGUGGCGACCCGGAGGCGGGCGGGGGAGACGGGGGCGGCGGCGGCGGCUGAGCUCGGCGGCAGCCCCGCGCCGCGGCUCCGCUGCUGGACACGUCCCAGCGCUGCUCCGCCGCAGCCGGCGGGGCGAGGCCGUGCCCGCGCCCCCCGGCCCGAGGCGGGCGUGGCGAGGAGGCGGGCGGCGGAGCGAAGCUGGCUGCGGGGAGAGCAGGCAGCCGCCGCCGGAGGGCCAGCAAACGUGGAAGAAAGACUUUGUCUUGGAGCUAACUGCUGAGCAUUUUGAGAUCAUUCAUCAUGAAGUAUGUAGUACAGGAAUGGCUCAGAGUAACUACCUUGCUAUUCAUAGCUCAAGCAGUUUCUGCAAUGGUUCUUCCCAAUGCCACACUCUUAGAGGAACUUUUGGAAAAGUACAUGGAUGAAGAUGGUGAGUGGUGGAUCGCCAAGCAGAGAGGGAAAAGGGCUAUCACAGACAGUGAUAUGCAAAGUAUCUUGGAUCUUCAUAAUAAAUUACGGGGUCAGGUGUAUCCACCAGCUUCCAAUAUGGAAUAUAUGACAUGGGACACAGAACUGGAGAGAUCUGCAGAGUCAUGGGCUGAAACCUGUCUGUGGGAGCAUGGACCAGCAAGCCUUCUUCCAUCAAUUGGACAAAAUCUGGGGGCACAUUGGGGAAGGUACAGACCUCCAACAUUUCAUGUCCAGGCAUGGUAUGAUGAAGUGAGAGAUUUCACAUAUCCCCAUCCUCAUGAAUGCAACCCAUAUUGUCCAUAUAGAUGCUCUGGUCCUGUUUGUACACAUUACACACAGGUUGUUUGGGCUACAAGUAGCAGAAUCGGUUGUGCAAUUAAUUUGUGUCAUAACAUGAACAUCUGGGGGCAGAUUUGGCCAAAAGCAGUUUAUCUUGUAUGCAAUUAUUCUCCUAAGGGUAACUGGUGGGGUCAUGCUCCUUAUAAACCUGGGCGCCCCUGUUCUGCAUGUCCCCCUAGUUUUGGAGGAGGUUGUAGAGAAAACCUUUGUUACAGAGAGGAUUCAGAAAGGCCUUAUUCCCCCCAUGAACCAGAAGAGGAAACAAAUGAGAUUGAACGUCAGCGAUCCAAAGCCCAGGAUGCAACUGUGCAAAGCUGGCCAAGAACACAUCAACCUUCAGCCUCCACAGGCACUGAUGACAGUGAGAAAAAUGAAGUGAUAAGCACACAGCAAAUGUCUCAGAUUGUUUCAUGUGAAGUAAGGCUAAGAGAUCAGUGCAAAGGAACAACUUGCAAUAGGUAUGAAUGUCCUGCUGGUUGUUUGGAUAGCAAAGCCAAAGUUAUUGGAAGUGUACAUUAUGAAAUGCAAUCCAGUAUUUGUAAAGCUGCCAUACAUUAUGGCAUCCUAGACAAUGAAGGUGGUUGGGUUGAUGUGACUAGGCAAGGGAGGAAAAAUUACUUUAUCAAGUCUUACAGAAAUGGUGUUCAGUCAAUUGGAAAAUACCAAUCUGCUAACUCCUUCACUGUCUCUAAAGUAACAGUUCAGGCUAUCACCUGUGAAACCACAGUGGAGCAACUGUGCCCAUUUCAAAAACCAGCCUCACACUGUCCGAGAGUGUAUUGUCCUCACAACUGUAUGCAGGCAAAUGCACACUACGCUCGUGUAAUUGGUACACGAAUUUAUUCUGAUAUCUCCAGUAUCUGCCGGGCAGCAGUGCACGCGGGUGUGGUCCGCAACCAGGGCGGCUACGUUGAUGUGAUGCCAGUGGACAAAAGAAAGGUCUAUGUGGCUUCCUUUCAGAAUGGGAUAUAUUCAGAAAGUUUACAGAAUCCUCCAGGAAGCAAGGCUUUCAGAGUAUUUGCUGUUGUUUGAAUCUAGCAAGUAAAACACACAACAGGCAAGUGAAACCCGAGCAGUUGGAAAAGAUUAAUACAGGCCAUUUCUUGUGAUUCCUAAAAUUUGUAUAAAGCUGUAACAUUGUUGUACAGAAGAUGUAUACUGCUUUCCACCAAGAAAUUUAAGUUACAUAUAAAUCUUAAUGAAAAAAAUCUGUAAAAAUAAACAUGGGAGAAAAAUUCAUUUGAAAAUCUAUAAUGAUAUAUAACAUUACUUUGAAUCCUGUGUUAAAUAUUGCUAUAUUUUCUUAGCAGUUACUCCUAUACAGUUAAUUCAAAGCUCAUAA